CUAAAGCAGCCUAAACCCAUAACCCAGAGACUCAGAAAUAUUCCCGACGCCACCUGCAAGCUCUUUCUCUCUCAACAGACCCAGAAAAAUAACCCUAGCUCGCUCAAACUAUUCAUCAGCUACUCCUCUUCAAGCGGCCAUUCUCAUCUCUCUCGCUGCCUGUGCUUCUGGUCUCUGUCUCCUCGUUCCCAGCUUCUUCGACUUACUUACCGUUCUCUCGCACUUGGCACUCCAACUUCUCGCUCAGAGGAAAACUUAGGGACGUAUAAAAUGUCGCGGAAAGGCUUAAUGGAGCAGGACCUGAGUAAGCUGGAUGUAACUACGUUACAUCCGCUCUCUCCUGAAGUGAUAUCCCGCCAGGCCACAAUUAACAUAGGUACUAUUGGUCAUGUGGCACACGGCAAGUCCACUGUCGUGAAAGCAAUCUCUGGUGUUCAGACUGUUCGAUUUAAAAAUGAGUUGGAACGAAAUAUUACUAUUAAGCUUGGGUAUGCAAAUGCAAAGAUAUACAAAUGUGAGGAUGACCGAUGCCCUAGGCCUAUGUGUUAUAAGGCCUAUGGAAGUGGUAAGGAAGACAACCCUUCGUGUGAUGUUCCUGGUUUUGAGAAUGCUAGGAUGAAAUUGCUCAGACAUGUCUCCUUCGUAGAUUGUCCGGGCCAUGAUAUUCUCAUGGCAACAAUGCUUAAUGGAGCAGCUAUUAUGGAUGGAGCAUUGCUUCUGAUAGCUGCAAAUGAAAGCUGCCCUCAACCACAAACGUCUGAGCAUCUUGCUGCUGUUGAAAUCAUGCGUCUUAAGCAUAUUAUUAUUCUCCAGAAUAAAGUUGAUCUUGUCCAGGAAAAUGUUGCCAUCAACCAGCAUGAAGCUAUUCAGAACUUUAUCCAGGGAACGGUUGCAGAGGGUGCUCCAGUUGUGCCUAUCUCAGCACAGUUGAAGUACAACAUUGAUGUGGUCUGCGAGUAUAUUGUAAAGAAAAUCCCUGUUCCGAAGAGGGAUUUCACGUUACCACCCAAUAUGAUCGUGAUCCGAUCUUUUGAUGUCAACAAACCUGGUUUCGAGGUUGAUGAUAUCAAAGGUGGAGUUGCUGGUGGAAGUAUUCUCACAGGAGUGUUGAAGGUGAACCAAUACAUUGAGGUCCGUCCAGGAAUCGUGCUUAAGGAUGAGAAUGGCAACAUGAAAUGCACCCCCAUCUACACUCGGAUAGUCAGUUUGUUUGCUGAGCAGAAUGAAUUACAAUUUGCCGUACCUGGAGGUCUCAUCGGUGUUGGUACAACAAUGGACCCCACUUUGACACGUGCCGAUAGGCUGGUGGGACAGGUCCUUGGGGACAUUGGUUCCCUCCCUGAUGUUUUUGUUGAGCUUGAGGUGAAUUUCUUCCUUCUGAGGAGACUGAUUGGAGUAAGGACUAAGGGGUCCGAGAAGCAAGGGAAGGUGUCCAAGCUGGUGAAGGGAGAGAUUCUUAUGCUGAACAUUGGGUCCAUGUCGACAGGCGCUCGGGUGCUUGCUGUGAAGAACGAUCUCGCGAAGCUGCAGCUGACGUCGCCUGUGUGCACCAGCAAGGGGGAGAAGAUAGCCCUGAGUCGAAGAGUGGAGAAGCACUGGCGCCUGAUCGGAUGGGGCAUGAUUCAGGCUGGAGCGACGCUGGAAGUUCCCCCCAGCCCACUACUUUGAGUGAAAGAGAGAAAGUAAGACCAAGGUAGAGAGCCAGAGAAAAAGCGUUUAAGAAACCGAAACCAAAGUUCUUUUUGCAGAAGAUGUGGAAGGGAAGGGAAUUGCUUGGAACAAUUUUCGUUAGGUGGAGGAGAAAACAUGUUGAUUAAUCUGUUUGGUCUCAUUUUUUUGCAAAUCUUACAGUUCUGGGCACAUGCCAAUUCAAGUAUUCAACUAAAGAUUUAUGCUUUGUGACCAGGUUUUGUGGACGAUCAC